AUGUUGUCGUUUUAUGUUCAUUAUGUCAAUUGGACUCUUAACCCUGUAGAGUCUCCCCCACAACAACAUAUUCCUGUUCGAAAUAGUCCACCUCAUGUUUCCUCACUUGCUCGAAGAAAGAUGUACAGCUCCGAAAUAGAAACAUCUUCGACUGAAUCUGCCACAAAUGAUUCUUCCUCACAACAUCUUGAAACAAGUGAUAUGUCAAACGACACAUCAAGACUGGUAAAGAAGAAGAAGAUGAGCAUAAAGGCAUUAGUGAAGCGUCUACUAGGCAUUGUGGCAGACUUAAGUUCUAAAGUAGACCGUGUAUUACAGAAAAAAGAUGAAUCGGGCACAAAUGUUGAACCAGACAGAGAGUUUCGAGAGGAGGAAGAGAUGAUAAAUGAAGAGGAGGAAGAAAAAUAA